ACAUAGUUUAGAUCAGGUGACAGAGGUAGAGAGAAGGGGGGGGCUGACGUCGUUGAUCAUGUGAGCGCGCCUAUUGCCGUUCUUCGGUGCCGCCGCCGUCGCCGCUCCCUCAUCUCCGCCGCCGAAUCUUCGUUUUCGGCCCUCCUUUCGCGUCCGACUCGGCCCUAUCCUGUCAUGGCGUCUCGGUGUAGCUGGGGGCUGCUCCUGGCGGCUGUUCUGCUGGGAUUUUUACAACCAUCCUCAGCAUUUGAAGUAAGAAAUAGUAGUGUGGCUUGCAUAUUAGCCAAUUUUUCUGUGCAAUUUAUCGUGGAAUACAACACAGUGAGUGUAAAACAGAACAGCACCUUUACACUUCCUUCUGAUGCUAAAGUGCUGCCAGAAUAUAGUACCUGUGGCAAAGGGAAAGAAACCUCGCAAGUUCUUGUAAUUGGAUUUGGCAGUGAGAAUUCAUUAAAGAUGACAUUUGUAAAGAACACAAGUUUCUACACCAUCAGUAAUCUGAUAUUCCAAUACAACUUGUCAGAUACCACUUUUUUCCCAAAUGCAACUGCAGCAGGAGUAAGAGAAGUGGCCAAGGACACUGAUAUACGAGCAGCCUUAAAUACAGUGUACACAUGUCACAACAAGAACACGAUAAACAUGGGAAAUGUGACAGUUCUUUUGAGUAAUGUUACACUUGAGGCAUACCUUGCAAAUAACAACUUCAGUGUAAACGAAACUAUCUGUAGUGAAGAUAGAGGGCCUACUCCUGUUGCUCCCACAACUGCUAGCCACACAACGACCAGUAUGGCACCAACCAUGCCCCCUAAAACACCAGAUGUUGGCCAUUACAAUGUGACUGGCCCAAAUGGGACUUGUUUGCUUGCUUCUAUGGGUCUGCAACUUAAUGUUACCUACAUUACAAAAAAUCAGACUAAGCAAUGGGAGGCGUUGAAUCUUCCAGCAAAUACAUCUUUCGAUGGGCAUUGUGACAUUUCCAUAGUUACGCUAAACUUGACUUCUGGGAGCACCAGCCUUAUUUUUAAUUUUGCACAGAACUCAAGCACUGAGAAGUACUUUCUGCAACGUAUGACUGUGAGCACAGAUCUGCCUGCAGAAGCUACAAACAAAAGCAUGACUGCUUACAAUGAUAGCCUGAGUGCUCUAAAAGCUACAGUUGGAAAAUCUUACAAGUGUCUUGCAGAAGAGAGUAUUUGGGUCUCAAGCGAAGCUUCUGUCAACAUAUUCAGUGUUCAAGUCCAGGCUUUCAAGAUGUCAGGAGACACGUUUGGAGCAGUGGAAGAAUGCCAACUGGAUGAAAAUAAUAUGUUGAUCCCCAUCAUAGUUGGUGCAGCCCUUGCUGGACUUGUCCUUAUAGUAUUGGUUGCAUAUCUAAUUGGCAGAAAACGUAGCCAUGCUGGCUAUCAAACAAUUUAAUGAUUUGCACUUCUUUGAACCAAUGUAGAAGAACAGCAGUUGCAAGAAGCAGAUACAUUGACUCCCCCCUUCCCAUUUUCCCCUCAAAUACAUUGAUAUGAGGGAGCACAAUCUCUUCCUUACAAACUGUUUUUUGCAGUGCCUGCUUUACUAAAUGUGAAAUCCAUCUCGUGGCAUUUAACUAUGCACAAAGGAUAACUUCUGUAAUUCUGUUUAAUUUUGCUAAAGGGUUUUUACCCACCUAGAAAAAGGCUGAAGUUUUAAGAAUGCUUUUCUGAAUUGGCAUGGUUUAAUGUCAACUACUUAAAUGGAUGUGAUGUAGUUAAUUCACAUCCAUUCAGAUUAAUUAAAUCUAACAAAGGGAAACUUCCACUUUCUGAUACAACCAUCCUAUGCUGAGCUUAGUUACUGCACUUAAGCAGUUAAAUAAGUAAUGACUGACCAAUCAACCUUAAGUGAUUCACACUUUGUCUCUACUUAGGUGUGUAUCAUUAAUAAGCUUUAAAUGCUGAGCCUGGUAUAUGCAAGGUGUGAAGAUACAAUUUGGCCAACUUAAGAUACUUUGUCUGUCAGCUUGGCAGGAGCUGGCCCUUUUUUUACAUAAAAUGGGUGUUACUUUAUUUUUUUGAAAAGUGAAUUCCAGUCUCUUCUGUUGAAGUUCAAAGGAGGUCCUAUUUCUGCACAUGUGUACAAUAGAUUUCAAUCUGCUAAUUCUUGCUUUGACCUUGGCUGGGACUGUACACUGCAAGGAUCAGUUAUGGAUGCAUUGCCUGUAACAAUGCUAAUAAAGACUUUUCUGUA